AUGACAGACUUAAGUGCAUCGAAUCUCUAUUCAGUCAAGGGCAAGGUCGCCCUAGUGACCGGAGGAGGAACUGGCAUUGGAAAAAUGAUCGCAAAGGUACUUGUGCGUAAUGGUGCUAAAGUUUAUAUCGCAUCCCGGAAACUAGGGAAUUUAGAAAAAGUUGCAUCAGAAUUAAAUGCUCUCGGUCCAGGAAAUUGCGUUCCUAUUCAAGCAAACUUGAACACAAAGACUGCAUGCGAACAGUUAGCUGCAGACAUUAGUUCUCGAGAAGACAAACUACAUAUCUUAAUAAACAAUUCUGGAGCAACUUGGGCUGCUCCACUGGAGAAUAUACCCGAGAGCGCUUGGGAUCGCGUGUACAAGUUGAAUGUCUAUGCUGUUUAUUAUUUAACUAUGGCAUGUCUGCCCCUUCUCACGAAAGCAAGCCAAGGUCCAAAGGAUCCUGCGAGAGUUAUUAUUAUCGGGAGUGUGGGAGGCAUCGUUGAAGGAGAGUUGAAGAGCAUCAUUAAAGACAACAACUACAGUAUCUUGGCUUAUAAUACCUCAAAGGCGGCUGUCCAUCAUCUGGGCAGGUCUUUAGCAACCCAUUUAACUCCUCGCGGUAUAAAUGUGAAUGUGAUUGCCCCGGGCGUUUUUCCGACGAUAAUGUCCAAGUACCAAGACGAAAAAUCUUCAAUCGAAGAUACCCCGAUUGGUCGAUUGGGAAUCGAAUCGGAUCUUGCAGGUACGGCCUUGUACCUUUCCUCUAUUGCCGGAGCAUUUGUUACAGGUGCUGUCAUCGCAGUUGAUGGCGGAUUAUCGCUGAAAAGUAGACCGUCAGAGAGCAAA